AUGGGAAAUAAAAAUUCUUCAACCAAUUUUAAAACAAAACAUAACACUCAUUUAAAUAAACCUGAAACCAUUGAUUCAAUUGAAGGAGAGAAACCGAAAUAUUACCUACCAAAUGAUUCAAAUGAUAUCGAUGGACUUCAUUUGAUACAUUUCUUGAAGAAACAUUUAUAUCAUAACAAUUUCUCCGUUCCUAUUGAAGAAAAUCUAAUUCAAGGAGGAUAUAAAGUAUUGGACGAUUCUUAUUUCUUUGGAUUAGACAUAAUGCCGGUAUUUCCAAUUGAGAUAAAACCAAAGAAUUUGGAAUUUAUUGAAUCAGAUAUAUUUAAAGGGUUGCCAUUUCCCGAUAACGUAUUUGAUUUUGUACAUCAAAGUUCGAUGUUAUUUGCUGUAAGAACGGACCAAUGGGAUUAUGUGAUUUCUGAACUCAUAAGAGUAACGAAGCCAGGUGGAUUCAUUGAACUCGUAGAAUUUACCGGAAGCCAAAACAAUGGUCCAGCCUUAACUAAUCUAUAUGACAUCUAUCAAGAUUCUUGUUCUCAACGAGGCGUAGACUUGUUGUUAACAUGUAAUCUCAAUAAUAUAAUUCAAGCAAAUGGAAACAUAACCAAAGUUCAAAAUGAUACAAGAUCAUUUUUAAUUGGACCAAAUGGUGGUAAGCUUGGCAUGGUAAUGCAAGAUAUCUUUUUGAUGUAUAAUACUUCUGUAACGUCAAUCGAACAUUUAAGUUCGAAGCAAGGAAUUUCUAAAGUAGUAGUUAAAAAUAUGCUAAAUGAUAUAGUGAAAGAGUUAGAAGAAACAAAACCAGAGAUUAAUAUUAGCAGAUUUUGGACCCGAAAAAAGCCAUAA